AUGAUAUUUGCUCAAGAAGCCGGUGACUCGACAGAAAUUGUCCGCGCCAUAUACGAAGCGUUGUCCACGUUGCCAGACGUGUCUCUGCUUUCCCAACCUGAAACAGACAAAGAGGAGGCCUCGCCACCAAGCAUCACUUUUCAACCAGAGAUAUGCAGAUCAACGUCGUCAAACCUGUCUAUCGGCAAACGAUACAAUGCACCUUGUGAGCAGCCGAGCCCUUUCGAAAUUUCUUUGUCUACUUUCCCUGCUUUCCUUUCUUUUGUGUUGGACUUUCUUGGAGAUCCGGUAGCGGUUUGUCGGUUCAAGAUGGUAAACCGUUUGUGUUUGAAAUACGUGGAUGAGCAUGAGCAUGUCCUUAUGAGAGACGCCGUCCGUCUUGGAGGCCUGCAGAUUAAUGUACGUCCGAGCUUCUGGUUAUGGGUUACGCUUGAAAAAGACAGCAGGGAAUCUUGCCAUAGGAAAGAGGACCCCGACGACAAUGUCAUAAUGGGAGCGCGAAACGAAUUGACGCUCCUAGAGCGGAAAGGCAGGGAAGGCAAGUGGAACAACGUGAUCCAUAGAGAUGUGUUACGGUCGUUUGGCAACUUACCUCCGCACAAAUCUGGGGCCCGCCUACGUACGGACUCGAUUGUCCGUGCGCUUGCAACUUGGGGCAGGAGUAGAAUACUGAAGAGUGGUAUUCGGGGAUCCGGCGACCCGCCGCCGCCUUCGCAUUCCUUUUAUGAAGAAGAUGAUGACGAUGUCAGUUUGGCUCCGACGGACACCGUUAGCGACUGGGGUGCCGUUUCCCCUGUCGGAAGCGUUACAGGCUCAUUCUGCAGCACACGACUAGACGGUCGUCAUACCAAAAAGUUCGAGAGACAAGCUGAAGCCCAGGAGCUCGCGCUUGGUGGAAGCGCACUGUCAGAUAUCGCAAAAGCUCGAUUACAGGAAAAGUUGAGCUUCAUUCUCCAUGUACUUGCAGCUACUUAUAGCAAUGUAGGAUAUUGCCAGGGAAUGGAUUAUGUUGCAGCUCAUCUUCUUCGAAUCCUGGAAGACACUAUUCGUUGGAAGGCUGUCACAGGAAACCUUCCUUCUGUAAUUCAAUUCGAGCCGUCAAGCAUGAUUGGUCACGACAAUCCCGAUCAAUCGCUAUCGGAUAUGUAUGCGGAAGUCGAUAAAAGUUCGGUGGUCGAAGAAACAUGUUUUCGAGUCAUGGAUUCGUUCUUUACUACGUACGGUCUUCGACAUUUCUACUGGCCAGAGUUGCGGUGUCUGAAGACGUGCUGCUUGGUCUUCGAGAAACUUGUCCAAAUCAAACUCCCAGUUCUUGCUGACCACUUCGAGCAUCACGAGCUGAACAUCGGACUGUUUGCAUUGGGAUGGUUUCAGACACUAUUUUUGUACUUGCCAUCUAUGCCUGCAGCAACUGUUUGUCACAUGUGGGACAUUUGGUUGGUUGAGAGGAACUUCAAAAUCUUCUUUAGAGUCGGCACUGCUAUUUUGUUUCUUUGCCAGCCUGUUCUUUUGAACAAUGAGCUCGAAGGUAUGAUGGGAUAUCUCAAUACUUUCCCUGAUGCUACACUGUUAAGCCCAGAUAUUCUCAUUGCAUGCGCAUUGCAAAUCAAAGUUACAAAUCGAAUGCUCACACAGAUUGAAUGCGACUUAUAUCAAAAGUUGUAA